AUGGAAUCAGUAGCAAAAACAGCGGAGCGUGUGGGCGGGUGGGCUAGCACCAACUUAGUGGGCAAGUUCACUCAGAGCGUUCGUCGCAUCGUGCAGGAGGUCAAGGACGAGGGCACCUCAAGCGGGCAGACUAAAGAAGAGGUGAUAGAGACGAACGAGCGGCUGCGCGCGGUGCGGCUCCGGCUGGACGAGAACUACGACACGGCCAAGAAGGCGCUGGUCACCCUCAUGACGCGCUACAACGAGUCCAAGGCCGAGAGGAACGUCUUCACCAGAUAUGCGCUGCUCAAGGCCAUGAUCAAGGACGUCAUCCGCCUGGAGACGCAAUACUGGUCGCUGGUGGAGAUCCCCAAGCAGGAGAAGGCGGAGACGGUGCCGGCCUUCGUGCUGCGAGCCUGCGCCAUCAUGGAGAAGACGCACAAAUCUGGUGAGGGCGUCAAGACCUCGUCCAAGCUGGCUGAAGAGGCGGCGGACAGGAGGGAGCGGAUAGAACGAUUAAAUGAUAUGACCACGUCGCAGAUAGAAGCGGAAAACACGCAGAUGACGAAUGACCUGUACCGACUGCUGAAGAAGUAUACCGGCCUGAGGAACCUCAUCAGAGAACUGAAGUCCGAGUACGUGUCAUCGAAGAUUUACCCGAUGUUUCCGAGGUAUACGAUGCUGAAGGACAUGAUAAAGGACAUCAUGCACGACCCUGACUACAUGGAGGUAUGCCACGAGGUCGACCCCUAGCGAGGGGUGCGCAACUAGACGAGGGCCUCGUUCAGGCGUCGCUAGAACCACUCGGAGAAGAAAACGCAAAACAACAUCUAUUAGGAAAUGAACCACUUGGAUAAACAACAAAAUGAUAUGAUAAGCUUGGAACAGAUAAAGCAAAAGAACAACUUUUAGGAGAUAAACCGCUUGGAACAGGGAAAGAACAACUAUUUAGAUAUUCAUGUUUUGGUAUAGAGGAAGUAUGGCUGUUAGAAAAUGUUACUUGAAGAAUGGAAAAAAAAACAACUUUUGGGUAAUAAACUACUUGGAAAUGAACUACUUAGAAAUGGAAACCCAAAAGUAAGAGGAAAUGGAAGAAUUGUGGUGCAAAAGCAUGAUGAGACUAGGCCCAAGAGAAGGCAAAAAAGAAGGCUGAAAAUCAAGAAAUGGCCUUGGAAAUAAGCGAUGAGGUUAACAACAAAAGCGAUCUAUAGUUCGAUAUUAGCUGUAGCUAAAUUCAUAAUCCAGUCAUGUAUUUAGGAUUGUAAAAAUCCUGAUUUUUAUUUCUUUCUAACUACUGGGUAGACAAAAAACAGAAUGUUUAACUGUAAUUUUCUAUCCAACGAACCACUAGCUUUGUAGGUCCUAAAAUAUACAAAUGUAGAUGCACAUAUAUGUAUAGGUGUGAUAAAGAUACCUUUUCUUGCAGCACCUCUGCAGUUAUAGCCAAUUGUACUUGACGGGAUUAUGAAAUUUAAUUAAUAUUUCAGUGCUUAGGAAGGAGAUUUUUUGCUUCUAGCGAUUUUGCGUUUGUAGAGGAGCAGUGGUUAGUGUAGCGACGAUUGUGGCGAGUACAUCGUUUAUUUGCGCUAAAUUCAACGGAAUUUUAUUGGACUUUUCUAGUGUAAGUGUAGUUUUAAGUUGUAGGUACUCGUCCCAAAGAUUUUUUCUGUGAUUCAAGAUUGUUUCUGUGAUUUAAUUUUGUACCAAAACUUCACAUAUCCAAAGAGGAACAUUUAGCUGAUGGUCGUGCAAAAGAAUAUUGAUAUUUUCUGUCUCUCCUCUACGCAAGUUUUAAAUUAAUGCGAGGAGGAGAGAUGAAAAACUUGCCAAUAUUUUCUUUUGACGGCUUGCAUUUUACUUAUAGUACAGGAUAACAAAUAUUGUAAUUUAUAAUUCUUAGUCCUUUUAAUAUUCCACCCAUAUCACUAUUAACCUGUUAUACAUAUACAUUUUAUGUAUAGUUUAAAUAUCCUUACUCGUUAAAUACUAGGCAAUGUGUUUUAAAGGAAAACCUAGUAUAAGAUAAUACAUCUACCUGAUCCACGUUAUAAUCAAAGUAUAUUAUUAUAGUAGGAAUUAAUAACGCCAAAACGUUUUAAAAUUAGAAACAAUAUAGUCGAGGCUUAAUAUAAGACUUAAUUAAUAAGAACAUGAUUUUGUUGUGU